AUGAAUACAUCGGAGGUCAAGCUUCUAAAUCUAAACCUUUGGUAUGCCGCUGGUUACGGUGAGCAGUGGCUUUACGCCGUUGCAGUCCAAGCAUUGUACCGGGACACUGCUCUCAACAUCUUGGAGACAAAGACAGGCCUCAGGGGGAGCCAGCUUGUGCAAGAGAAAGGCGAUUACGGAUAUUCGCUGAACUUCUGCAUAAACCAUAUCGAUAUUUUCUACGCUGUGUCUUGCUGGAUCCCAGCUUAUAGUCUUCUUUCUAGUCUGGAUCUAGAUGGAUAUCACGCUUAGCUCCAGGUUGUAAUUAACAGCAAUUAAGUUAUAAGAGGCUAGCAACUCUUAUAUUAUUGGC